GCGACGCCGUCGGGUUAGGGUUCACACAUUCCGCUUUUGAUCAUGUCCUUCACCAUCCCAUCCCGGCUCGCGCAAGUGACACGGGUGUCCGCCAGCCCCGCGGACGCGCGCCAGCGGGCCAUCAUCCUAUACCGAGACUGGUAUCGCUCGGCCCCGGAAAUCGUCGACCAGUACGCGCUCGAGGUCUCGACGACCGAGCUGCGCCACGCCAUCCGGAUGCGCUUCGAGGCGAACCGGCAUGUCACCGACGUGCGCAGCAUCGAUGUGCUGCUGCUGAAGAGCCGGCAGGACCUGCAGGAGACGCUGAACCUGUGGAAGCAGCCGGACCAUAUCUACGAGAUUAUGCUGCUCCCGAAGACACGUCCCAAGCAGACGUUUUUGGAAAAGUUCUACCAGGGGCGGGACGAGGAAGGCGCUAUCCCUGCAGCUCGUGGAGUUUAGACCGCUGUACAGGCAAUACAAUUCAUUCUUGCGACUGCUUUGUCCCACGGACUCGCCUGUUUCCUACGAGAUCCUAGAUGUCAACUGUACGAAGUCGACUGGGUCGUGCAUCUUUCUGACCAGAAUCACGCUCUCGCUCUCGCUGCACUAGAGGUCUGGCCCACGUGCUGGUCAAAGGCGGAUGUCUGAAGAGUUCUGCGGUCUAGGCAAGAGCAGCACUGACGUCCGAUAUCCUCUCUUCCCUGCUGGAGCGGAUUUACUCUGCGAAUGGCACGCCUGUGAGAGCCAGUAUCGACGACGCCAGCGGCAGCAGCAGAAUCAUCUCAAUAAUGCGAUGCAUAGUCUCUGAUUAAUCGUGGGCCUGGACAUCUGCCCAGAGCGAACGACGUGCUUGAAAGCUGUGGUCUGUUAUGGCCAAGAGCUUGUGCCAACACACUCAGCGCUUGCAGAGCGAGGGACAGAAAUCAUUUCUGGUGUUGGCCGUUGUCGCGUGAGCAUACAUGUCUCGUCGGGUUGCCGUUGGUGGGGUGUGAAAUGUGCGGAAAUCAGUCGCCCUGUCACGGUGACAUUCUGCGCUGGUGAUGAAUGACUACUUGACGUCGCAAGGAAGACAUGAACGAGAGAUCAUGGCCGAAGAUUUGUGAUCUGGGUACCGGGGCUAGCGUUGACUACCUGGCCCGACUACCGAAUAACAAGAAUAGAUAGUAUAGUACUUUUAUGGCAGCGGCUACCGUCCACUCCUUUGCUUGAGUCUCGGCUGUGGAAACUUGAGCGGGACCUCCAACACAGCACGUCUCUCAUCCGCCACACUAUCGGGAAGACCCAGCUUUGUCCGUUGUUUCUCCGUAAGAGUGACAAUCUUGCAGCCUGGCGUAGAAUGAGGGCACGGAUCUCCAAGUUCAGAAUGAACACUCACCGAGAGACCUGAAGGUUGUGGCCAUUUUUUCGUUGGAGAUACUGAGGUCACGAGCGAGAGUGCCAAAGUCUGCGGCGUAGUUGUCGAUCCGCAAAGACAAUGCGAGGAGAUGUGUGAGAAGAAGUAGCUGCAGAUGUGGCGUUGUCCGUGGCCUGUAGCAAGAUGAGUCCGGAGUAUCUUAGGCAAGUAAACAGCCGCACUCGGUGCUCCCCCUCGCGCAUUCAGUGAAGCGAUCCAUCAAGCUGUCGAUGACAACCGAAGGCACAGUAGGGAUCUUCGCAGAGAUGUCCUCUUUCUUGAAUUUGCGGUCAGUUACUCGACGGAACGCCAUCAUCGCGGACAUAUAGAAGAGGAUCUUGCUACGCAUCGUGUUAGCUCUCUCACCACCAUGUUUCAUCAUCGACCGUAAACGCACAGAUUACGUUUCUUCUCAGAGCUCUUGAGAGAAGCUUCCAGACGUGUGUUGACCCAUUCAGAAUGCCAAAAAGGCAGACACUUUUUGCGGUCGGCCGCAGUUCCGGCCUGGAGCAAGGUGUUGACAGAGAGCGCUUUCCACUCCGGCUCUGUGAUGAUGCCGUGAAGAGGGUAGACGUCGGCCGGAUCCGUCGCUUCGGCGUCGAAGGGCGGCACCGCGCGAUUAGUGUCUGCAAGAUCUUGGGCUUCCUCUGUGAAUUGCUUCAGUCCAAAAACGUCGGACGGACUCCAUAGAACGAGCCUGCCGUCAUCAAGCCCCCCGCGGCCUUGUCGAUACCAGCCAUAACGUGAUCCAUUACGCCCUCCAUUGCGCCCACAUCGACCCGAUUACGCUCCCGAGCCUUGAUGGCGGCUUUGGCCUUCUUGGUUCCGAACGUUUCACCGAGGGCCGUUCGGGCCUGGAAAUACUCGAGGGCGGUGGGAGCAGGAGCAGGCUCGAUGGACUUGAGGGCUUUCACGGUCUGAGUGAGGACGUGAGGAGAAAGGAGGGUGGGCAGAACGCUCAGUUCUCCGGUCCGUUUAUUGUGCACGGCAACUAGGUACUUGCACCCGGAAUGCGAAACGCGUUCGCUUUCCUCCGCGUUGGAUUCAAACUCCACAAAAUCGGUCUCUCCAGCGACGAUGAUAUCUUCCGCCGCGUCGGGGGAGGUUUUCGUUUUCUUGCGAUAGCAUUUGAACGCAGUGGAAGGCGGGGCCUCCAGAGAGGGAAAGGAGACUGAGAUGCAAAGAAAUAACCUCAAUGCAAGGUUUGGAAAAGAAAAGGACAUUCAAGACGCACCCAGUGUAGGCCCAACUUCAUCCGAUCCCAAUUGGUGCUCUGCCAAUUUGAAGGCAAUCCUUCUUGCCGGUGACGUCGCACGUUUGCGCUUUUUCGAAGCGUUAGCACUUGUUGAAGUCAUAGGUUCGCGUCUUGUAGCUGUGCGAAUGAGGUUGGGGGAGUAGGACAGCGAGAGGAUGGAGGUCGGGGACAAGAACAAAUCCAAAUUCAAGUUGUACAUCGGUUCUCUCUCUUGAUCGCCCACUGGACGCCCUGUCUUGUGCCGGUUCUUUGCCUUGCCUUCAAUCCUCUAGCAGUCUUUCAGGGUGAAACUUUGGACUGCGUAAUCUACUGCCCGUGUGGGACGCUAUAAAUUCCCAGAGCACUCUGGAGAUCGCUAUACGCCCCUACAGGGCGCUUCAUCUGGCCCGUCGUUGGUAGCCCAUGACGAAGGAGGAUGGGCCCGCAAGAGAGGAGUCGGCUUUGCUGUCGACUUCCAUCGCAGCCGAAAGCGUCUCUCUUCCAUCACCACCCAUGAACCCCGAAUCUGAGGAUGGGACGGCGCCGCUUCUUCCACAGGCCCCGUCGGUUGUUGCCACCAAGGACGACGCACCUUCCAACUCGGAUGCGGAACGAGUGCCCGAAGAUUUCACGACGAAUGCGAGGGAGGAGGAUGAGGCCAUGCCAGAUGCCCUCUGUAGCUCUUCGCCGUCCCGGGCCUCAUCCAAAGCGUCGUCUUCUAGCUCACCUACCCCACCACCCGUAAAAGCGGCCACUGCUGCCAACGGGCGCAAAAAGAAACCGGAAGCCCCCGUGCAGCUCAUCGGAGACCUCCCGAUUGCGCGUGAUGCGGCCCUGGCCACCUUUACUGUGAUAGAGGCCAACAAUUAUCAGAAUAAGAACCUCGGGCGCUCACGAGAGGAAAUGGAGGGGAUGUCGUGCGAGUGUUUCUUCCGUCGAGAUGUGGAUCCGCCCCAUAUAGCUUGCGGUCCCGGCUCCAACUGUAUUAACCGACUAACACAGAUUGAAUGUCUGCCUGGGGACUGCCGUUGUGGAUCUCACUGUCAGAAUCAACGGUUCCAGCACAAGGAAUAUGCUUCUAUCGAUAUUGUACAGACUGAGAAGAAGGGCUUCGGGUUGAGGGUCGAGGAGGACAUCCCCAAAGACACAUUCAUCUACGAGUACGUUGGCGAUGUGGUUAGUCCGUCAUCGUUCAAGAAGCGCAUGCGAGACUAUGCGGAGGAGGGGAUACAGCACUUUUAUUUUAUGAUGCUACAGAAGGACGAGUUCAUCGAUGCCACGAAAAGCGGCGGAAUCGCACGUUUCGCUAAUCACAGCUGCCGCCCAAAUUGCUAUGUCGCUAAAUGGACUGUCGGAGAUCACGUGCGAAUGGGCAUAUUUGCGAAACGGAGGAUUCAGCAGUAUGAAGAACUCACUUUCAACUAUAAUGUUGAUCGAUACGGCCACAAGGCACAGGAGUGCUAUUGCGGAGAGGAGAACUGUGUAGGUUAUAUUGGAGGAAAGACGCAGACAGAUCUCGUCACAGUGGAUGAUUUAUAUUUGGAUGCGCUCGGGAUUACCGACGAUGACGAGGUCAUGGCGCUCAAGGGCAACAAGAAGAAGAAGGGGAAGAAGAUCGAUGACGCUGACUUUAUGCCUCAAUUGCGACCGAUACAGAUCAAGGAGAUUCCUAAGCUGAUCCAAGCGCUGCGACAAACAACCAGCCGUACAAUGAUUAUCAAGCUUCUCACGCGAUUCAGAGUCACGACGGAAGAAGAAACGAUGCGGGAAAUGCUCCGCUUGCGUUGUCUGAGUCUGAUGAAGAACGUGCUCGACGAUAAUGGAGGGGAUCCGGAAAUUGUCACACUGGUCCUCGAGUCAAUGCGCACUUGGCCGUUGGCAGCUCGCAACAAAGUGGAAGAUUCGCAAGUCAAUAUCGCUGUCGACAAGAUCAAAGAGUCAGAGGACGAGAAGCUGAAAGCUUUGGCGCAAGAUCUUUCCGACCACUGGGACACACUGGUUAUGGCAUAUCGCAUUCCACGACGUGCCCAGGUCGAAAGUGACGUUCAGACCAGUACAUCUGCCCACCUCUUCUAUCAGGCUCCAACGUAUAAAAAGGCGGCUCUCCGCCAGCGAUCGGAGUCUCCAGUCAGCGAGCACGACUGGCGGUCGUACAAGCGUAGCCGGGAUGAUUCGUGGCCUUUCGACGGCUACGAGCGCCCGCUCUAUCCGUCUACCAAGCGAAGGGAGCAGUCUGGGCGAUCGCAGCCCGAGCGGCCGUCGUACCAAUGGCAACUGGUCGCGUCGCAGGAGGACGUGAAACAAGUGAUCGCUGCUGCGGUUGCGCAGAAAGCGGCGGCAGAGCUGGCGGCCAAGGAGUCCGAGCUGGCGGCUGCGCAGGCGCGGGCAGAGAAGAAGGAGCGGCGAGAGAAGCGGAAGCAGCGGUCGCAAGAGAAGAAGAAGAAGCGCACGCCGGAGGAGAGGGAGGCCAAUAAGGCCCAACGGCUGCAAAAGUUGAUCGGUGCGGUGGUGGUCAAGUGCAUGUCCAAGUAUGGACGUGGACUGGAGCGCGAGACGUUUAAAAAACACGCCAAAGAGCUCACGACCAUCAUCGCGGAAAAGGAGAAAAAAUCGUCGAGCUACAAGGACAACAAACUGGAAGCGCUGUCUGACGAGAAAGUCGCCAAGAUCAAGAAGUUCUCGAAAGACUACAUCGUCAAGGUCGUGAAGCGGAUGGAGGAGAAGAACCAGAAGAAAAAACGGAGCCAACACAAGGCUUCCGCGUCUUCAUCGUCCACGGCCACCAUUGCUACGCCUGCUGCUGGUUCCAUGGCAGAGACGUCGGAUUCACUCGUCGCCACUCCUGUGCCCGACGCGAUGCUUGACGGCGAUGGCGAGGAAGCGGCCGAGAUCUCAAUGACGGUCGAAGAGGCGAUGGGCCUGGAUCCGGUCGGCAGCGAUGAUGACGAUGACGACACUGACACCGAGGACGAGGAUCAUGACCGGGACAACAACGCGAUUGACAACGACGAGCCGGCGCAGGGGAUGCUCAUGGACGUGGACCAGAACGAUGCUGAUGGGGAUGUGGAUCUGCACGCACGGCCACCAGAACUCGACGCGGCAGGCGGGACGAUGUGAAAGGGGCUUUGGCUAUGGCGUAGGCGAUCUCUAUCUUAUCGUGUUUGUUAUUACUGAAUUCGAUGGAAUGUGCGUCGGACGAAGAUGUCUGCUCCCUUGAUAUGUGGACUCUCGUUUUUUGGUAUUGUAUUCUGGCGAUAUUGGGCCUCAACAUAGACCCAAAGUUUGCAUUCGUCGUCACAUCAUACGAUGCACUUCUUCUCACUCAACACAACUGCCAACGGAUAUUCGAUGAACUCAUUGGCACAUCUCCACUUUUCGGACCUGGCACCAUCUUGUCAGUGUCCAAACUUGCAGUGCCCUGAAGCACUGCGACAGCGUCU